ACUUAUUAAAUAGUGGACUAUGACUGCCGCGAAGAGUACAUCUAGUAGUAGCUCUCAACAGAGUAGUGCAUCUUCUAGUGGAACGUCAAACAAACCAAAUGCGAAACAAGACGAAAUUGUUAAAGGUUUUCACAAAUUGAGACAAGAGCAACAUGUUCUGAGCGAAAAGACAUCGGACUUAAAAUCAAGAAUAUCAGAGCACAAGAGCGUUAUUGCAGCAUUAGAAAAAGUGUCCAAGGACCGAAAAUGCUACAGAAUGGUGGAUCAAGCGUUAGUGGAACGAAAGGUAGAAGAUGUUUUGCCGGAACUAGUUCUAAUGAGGUCAAAUUUAGAAAACUCUGUCAGUGUCCUUCAACAGAAAUUGGAGGAAAAAGGAACUGAGUUAGUGAACUACAAGGCCAAGUUCGAUAUCAGGAUUCAGGGAGAAGAAAGCUGAAGUUCUAUUGCCGUCUGUGUGAUAUCACUUGAAGUCCAUGGUUUCUUCUGCCUGUUUGUGUUUGAAUUGCUAAAUGAGGUUUAUGAUUCGAAUUGUACAUUAGGACAAAAACUGGGCUGUCUAUUUUUCGCUGCUAAUAAUGUCUAUAGUAUGUCAAUAGAAAGUUUUCCAGUUUCAAAAUCCAGAAGAAAUGCCUACUGAAUAAAGCGAUAAUGAAUAGUCAUCAGAAUUUAAAAAAAUUUCCGAAAUAUUGCUGAAAUCUUAUAAAGAAAAUUUUUAUAAACCAG